AUGGCUAAGACCCCAGCAUUUCGGCCUUUACUCCCUGCUGCUACACCGCCAUCUCGAAUCCUGAGUGCAAAGGGUUCUGGUUCGACACAGACUCGUCGAUCCUCAGCCUGUCUAAAGUGUCGUGAGAAACGUGUCAAGUGCGUCGGCUCAUCGCCUUGUCAAGCCUGCACCGAAACCGGAACAGCCUGCACCUUCGAGCCGUCUAGAGAUAGACGUAGGAAGUCAGCUCUCAUCUAUGCAGAGCAGUCUGCUCAGAGAUAUCAGGAAAUCUUGAAGCAGCUAAUACGCACUUUGAUGUUUGGUAAUGAUGAACAGAUCUCUGCGUUGAAGGAAUCCGUCAGAUACCAUGCUUCUGUAGAGAGUUGCUUAGGCCUCCUGGAUUUGGAGUACCAGCCAAGCUCAACACCCUCAGAGACAAGGUAG